AUGGCCAAAGAGCCAAGCACGCCUACCCUCAUUUCCCCCGCCUCUUUCUUUGUGGCUGAUCUGGGCUCACGUCAGGCCCGGGCCAGGUCUGGGCUGAUGCUUAAUAUCAAAAGCUCCAGUGAUAGUUCCAAGCCGCACCACUGCCAUUCCAUUGGCUUGAAUAUGGCCAGCUUCGUGCGUUGCGAAAGCUUCAUGUCUCCCGACCUCUCUAGCAUCAUGAUUGCGAGAUUGCGGGCGAAUGGGCUAAGCAUGUAUGGACCUCUUCAUCGCUCUAUCAUCCAGCGACGGUGGAAAUGGCACGAGAGCCCGGGUUCCAUCAAGUUUGGGAGACGAACAAUGUCAGGUUCCAUUCUCGAGCCUCGUUAUGAGACAUAUCAAUGUCCAAAUUCACCUCUCCUAGCCAUAUUCCUGACCCUCUCCAGCUCCUCCUUCUUAGCUGGCGGCAGUGUUCCCUCCCAUCCAAUACAGCCGCCAUCUUGUCUUUCCCACGCGAACAAGCACUUCAUGCCUGUUAUCCAACGGGACGAACUCCGCUGGAGUCCGUCCCCAAAUGCCUCCACAUGUAAUGUUGAAGUGGGGAGUGAAAUGGGGUUGAGGGGAGAUCGUAACGGCCAGCUCGUUACUGUCCCCUUUGUAGCUGCUUGCCGCGAUUGGUGUCAAAUCGCCGGUAUAGCAGAUAUUGCCGAGGUCAGGAACGGAGAGCACACCGUAUCCUCGUCGUCGGAAGAAAAAAAAACCCCUUCCCCAGAGGACGAAGGACGACAAUGGAAAAAAGAAUGCUCGUCGCCGUCACCGCACUAUUCCAGACGCCGCCAGCUGAUAAGAACGUUCCGCGUCAUGAGCAUGUUGAAACUCAUCCCUUGGUCCAGCCGACCAUCUAGCCCGUUCCCAAUACCUAGCCAAUAG